CAGACCCCCUCUGUGUGGCUGUGACGUCCGCUUUGCCCCGCCCGCUUUGGGUGGUGACGCGGGGGUGGGCACGCCCCCGCGCUUACGUCACCAGCCCGGUUCCCUCUCCCGGGAGCGUUGGCGGACGCGCGGCUCCCACCCCCUCCCCUCUCACGGGCUCUCCCCUCCCCGGUGGCGGCCGCGGCCCGACCCUCUGCAAGGCGAUGGCCCGGGCCCCGAGCGCGGGCUAGCGUGCCUGGGUGCCCGGCCAUGGGCUGUAUCGGCUCUCGGAGCCCGGCGGGUCAGGUGGCCUCGGAUCCGGCGUGGGCUGUGGAGUGGAUCGAACUUCCUCGGGGCCUCUCUCUAUCUUCCUUGGGAUCUGCUCGGACCCUCCGAGGCUGGAGCCGGUCCUCCCGCCCUUCCUCAGUGGACAGCCAGGACUUGCCAGAGGUGAAUGUUGGAGACACAGUCGCGAUGCUGCCCAAGUCCCGAAGAGCCCUAACUAUCCAGGAGAUCGCUGCGCUGGCCAGAUCCUCCCUGCAUGGUAUUUCCCAGGUAGUGAAGGACCACGUGACCAAGCCCACUGCCAUGGCCCAGGGCCGAGUGGCUCACCUCAUUGAGUGGAAGGGCUGGAGCAAGCCAAGUGACUCGCCCGCUGCCCUAGAAUCAGCCUUUUCCUCCUACUCAGACCUCAGUGAGGGUGAACAAGAGGCUCGCUUUGCAGCAGGAGUGGCCGAGCAAUUCGCCAUUGCAGAAGCCAAGCUCCGGGCAUGGUCAUCAGUGGAUGGUGAGGACUCCACCGAUGAAUCCUAUGAUGAGGACUUUGCUGGGGGAACUGACUCAGACACCAGGGAGCCCAUCGGAGGGCCCAUACUUCUUGGGCUUGGGAACAGUGAAUUGACAGGGAGAGGGUCAGUUUCACCUUCCGAAAGAAUCCUGGGAUUGGGGCCAGGAAAUCUGGCCUCUGGGCCUGACUCUGCUAUAUUGACUCGGGCAAGUAACCUCCUCACUGCCUCAGCUUCCCUGUGUAUUAAAACGGUUAAAUCCACAGGCUUUUGGGUCAGACCAUCUUGGAUUCCAGGCCUAGUUCUGCUACUUACUAGCUGUGUGACCUUGGGCAACCUGCUUAACCUCUCUGAAUCUCAAUGUCCUCAGAGAAACUAGAACAGAAAAACUAGAAUAUUACAAUACCCAUCUUACAGGGUGGUUGUGAGGAUUAAAUUAAACAUGUGAAGAGCUUAGCCCACUGCCUGGCAUGUAGCAGGCACUAGAAAAAACGUGUCAGUAUUAUCAUCAUCAUCGUGUGAUAUCUGAGGAUUAAGUAAGGUGAUGGAAACGCUUUAGAGGUCUUAGGAAGAAAGGCUUUAAAUAAAAGCCAAAUGUAUUAUUCACAGGCCUUAUUCUUCUUUUCUUGCAAUUGCACUGCAGUUCCCCACUCAUUUUGAUCCGAUGUCUUUACCCAAAGGCUUAUAUGUUCCUUUAUUACCUUUUGCUUUUUUGUUUUUGUCCCCCAUUCUUCCUGCCCUGCUUGUGUGCACUAGGCUGGCUCUUGGGCACAGUUUGUGUCUAAGCUAGCUGCCGAAGCCGCAGACCUUGGGAAAAUUCCUCCCCUUCCCCUGUCUAAUGUGCUCAGAGGCUUGCACGUUAAAUCUGUCAACAAUUUAGCUAAACCCUCCUGGUUUUUGCCCAGGCAGCCUGCUGGGUGUGCCUGUACUCCCUGCCUUCGCUUAGAGGCCUGAAGAUGCCCAAUGAUGCAGGCUGCGCCAUUCUGGGGGGGCGCUGAGGCAGUCCUGCAAAGAGAGCCCCCGCCCUCCGUUAGCGCCAGCCUCACCCACCGCCAACCUGUCUGCACUACAGUUUUCUCUGCAUUUAUGCAGGCCAUUGUGCCCUUCUGCUGAGCUAUCUUCCUGUGUCUCUACCAGUUUUCCUUUGGCCUACACUGAGUCAGGCUUUCUGGGGUCUGACAUUCCAAGCCCCCCACUAGGCACUUCUCAUCUUUGUUUAUCUCUUCUCUGCAGUGUCCCCAAUCCUACUUGGAUGUUUGUUCGCUUGUUUAUUAGAUUUUCUUAUCCUGCCUAUUUCUCACCCAUUUUUUUCAGCGUGGGUGUAUCAGCCUUGUCAGGCGCUGGCAGCCUCCUGCCUAGCUCUGACUCUAGAGGGUCAGAGGCCUUCUGGCUUCCACCCAGCUCCAGCCCUGUCUUUGUUGCCGCUUUGGUCCAGAGUUCCCUGGGGGCAAGGCUGAGCUGAAGAAAAAUGAUGCUUGGCUUCACCAUAGGCAGGAAGAAGCUAAGGGGCCCUGCUCCUGGCCUCCCAUCGUUUGAAGCAAUGUGUUUGAAAAACAUCUCAGCACAGAGCCCACUCUCUGCUGUCUCUUUUUUCCCCACUGGCUUGAGUCCAAACUUGUGGGAGAACUUAGC